UCACAUUUGCCAGAUUUAUGGGCAACGAGAACGAGAAUCCUCAAGCCCCGGAAUCUCUGGGACCGCUUUCCUUUCAUCUCAAUUUAUUUUCGUUCCCAUCCUCUCUCUCUCUUGGUCAUAGCUUGAAUCGAUAACGAAGUUCUUGUUGUUGUUUGUACAUUUUUUCUUGCCAAUCCUCCCCGACAGCGAUGCUGGACGGACGACCGGACGUCAGAUCUAUUGUCUGGCCGAGUGUGACAGGGAACUGCAGCUACUGUAAAGCUUUUAAAGGAAGCACAAUUAAGGAAUUGCAGAUAGAUGUUAAUGAUUGCAACUGUGGGGUUGAGUGCCAUGUUGUCUUAACUGAAAACGAUGAGGUGUCCGACAUGAUUGUCAAUGUGUUUACUGCAAAUGUUGAUCUUAUGGCUGCAAGUGCCGAAGUGCUAGCUCUGGAUUGGCAAUCAUGAGUUUCUGUCAUUAAAUUAUGUAAACCAUGACAAUGUGCCAUACAUGGACUGACUAGGUGAAACUCUGCUGUCAUAGCUAAUGUUCAAAAUUGCAGGGAUACAACCUUUAGAAAAUGCUCAAGGGAGGGAAAGGAGGAGGUGCGGGUGGUGGUGGAUUACUUGCUCUGCUACCAAAACUUAAUAGUACAACUCACGGGGGAGGGAAGUACUACCUUGAGAACAGCAACUUAAAUGUGUAUUUACCGAGAAAAAAAGGAGGGGAAAGAAGAAGGAAGAUGAUCCGAAGGAGAAGAGAAAGGUGCCAAACCCUAUUUCAAAUGAUGACGGGGUUUUGAUUGGCUAGAUCUCCCCUUUGAUACAUCCAUCAUAAAGCUCAUUCAUAAAUGGAUGCAAAUGCAAAGGUAUGCAGUAAUCCAGAAUAACCAUGAUCUGCCACCAUGCUCCAAGAGAUGCAAUGGCUUUGAGUUUUCCCACAGGUGGCUCAAAUAGUUCCAGUGCCAACAUGAAAGUUGCUAAUGAUGCCAGCAUUUUCAAUCCUGGAACUCAUCUUCUAAGUAUUCCCAAGGAAAAAAUGGAUCAAAUCCGGAGUACAAUGAUGUGCCAUGAAGCAUUGUUCAAAGAACAGGUUCAGGCACUGCACAAGCUGUAUGAAAUCCAGAAAAGAGCAAUGCAAGAAACAAGGAAGAGGGCUUAUUCUCAGGUCCAAGUGUUGACAUUUAAUUCAGAUACUGUUGCAAUUCCUGAUGCACUUCAUGGUUCAACUGUGGAAGAAAAACCUUUAAGGUCAACUAGAGUUUCUACUCAAGCUUACCAGGAAGGGUCACAUGUUCUGUCCUCAAAUCCUGUUUGUUCAGUGAAAGAGUUUACAGGUUCUGGUCCAAAAACAUCAUUAUGGAUAGAUAAUACUGAAUCUAGUACUUCAAAUUCUAAAAAUAAACCGAGGAUAGAAAUCGAUCUUGAAAAACUCCCAGAAGAUUAUCUAGAUGAAUCUGACCUUCAAGUUGAAGAAAACAAUUUUAAAAUAGCAAAUACUACUACCAUCCUGUCUGAAGGAACUCCAGGAGCAGCUCAGUUUUCAGUUGUGGAAUGUAAUCCAUCUGUUAUUCAAGUGGAAUCUCCAAAUUUGAAGCAGGGUGAUCUAAAAUUAGAUCUGGGUACAUUUUCAGAACUAAGACAGGAAAUCCACCAAGUUUGUAACCAGGCUUUGGAAAGAAAAACUUGUGGAGUUGAUAUUAAUGAAUGUGCAACAGGCUUUCAGCCUCUACACAGAUCCAUAGUUAAUGAUUUUCCAUGGAAUCAUCCUGCUGCAGUUGGGAUAAACACUGUCCAUGAGGAAGCAAAACUUUCAUAUAAUCAACAGACUGAAAAGCCUUUCUGGCUGCAUCAGGGUUCUUUGGCACUCACAUCUCGGAGUUUAAGUCCAGUUCAUAGUUCAAGAUCUGUUGAAUACAGAGAACAAUGUCAAGGAACAGAGAAAGCUAGUUUUGGAAGCAAUCUAGGUUCAAUCCAGCAACAUCAAUUUCUACAAAGUAACAUAAUAUUCACAUCAGCCAAUUCAAAACUGCAUGAACAGAAAGGUUCAAAUAACAGAAGCCCAGUUUCAACAAAUCCCAUCAGUUUCUCUCAAGGUUUGAAAACUCUUAUAACUCUUACACCCAUUCAGUAUGACUCAAAGAAAUUUGGAAGUUGCAACCAGGGGAACUCCCCCUUAGAAUCUAACUCAAAUUCAGGGAAGCAGAAUUCAUACUCUUCAGCUUUGAGCUCCCAAACAAGUGAUGAUAGUGGACAUGAGAACCGAAAUACCUCAGGUCAUGGAAGUAACUGCAUAGGACAAAGUGCAGAUAUCUGCAGAGAAGGCCAUAACAACAUUUUCACAAUCAAAGGAAGCCAUUCGUCUUGUUUUGAUUGCAGUGAACCAGAUCAGAGAAACCAAGGUACUGUGGAAGGAUUUCAAUCAGAAACUGAAGGAAAAUCUCAGCUCAUAAAAGAUGGUAUGGAACCAUCUCUUUCUUCUUCUGCUCCCAAUUCCGAAAACAAGCAUAAAAAUCAAAGUACCUACUCAAAUGGAAGUUUUGAUAUUCCAGAAAGCCAGCAGGGACCUGGUGUUGUAACUGAAAGCAAUGAAGACACCACAAAUGAGGAAACUGUGGAAGAAGCAUGUGAAAGCAUUGCAGCAAAGAUAUUGCUCAGUUUUGCACCAUGCAGAUCUUGUGGGGAUGCCAAGUCAAAGGUUAUUAACCCCCUGAUGGAGGCAUAGCCAAACAAAUCAAGUCAGGAUGCCACAAGCAGUGAGCAGAAGUGGAAUCUAUGUGAAAAAAGAUGCAUUGGCGACAACACCAAGUGUUAUGCAACAAUGAAAUGGACAAAGUCGUUCAUGGAAGGAUGACCUUAAAAUGACUGCUUCGGAGAAGUCUUGACUCUUUUUUGUAUAGUUCAGUUUUGUUUUAUCUUCACUUGUGAGGCAAUAACCACUACCUGGUGAGUGUUUGCCUUUCUGUAUAGAGAAUUCAAUGCCAUUUGAAGCUCCAUGGUAAUAGAGGAUUGUGACUGGGAUGUUGAUCGGGUCUUGUUUCUACCUCUUCUACAUGGUCAAAUACCAGAGACCAGAUGCUGAGACAAAGAUGUAAAUUUACAGAACUUAAAGAUCAUAAAGGAUGUUACUGUAGAGAUUUGCUGCUUAUUUGUACCUGUUUUUGGUUGCUUAUUCAUAACACACUCUAAUCAUUGUUGUCUUGAUUUCUUUGUGCAAUCCCGAUUCCUUUUUGC